UUUUACUAUUCGCGGACGCUCACGAAUAUAACGAGAUUACGUGAUCUUACAGUUCUUUGAAUCCUGUGCUUAUCUGACCUGUCUUUAUUCGUGAUCAACGUGAGUGAAGAGGGGUAUCUUGAUUCCCAUCUGUCUGUUGCCAUCAUAGCAAGUUACGAAGCGUAUAAACAAGAUGAACAACUCAUCCAUAGACCUCAACGAUUACUAUGGAUACAAUAUGGACCACGUAGAAAUGUUCUUAGAUCCCGAUGAUUCAGAUUUUGCUCCAGGGUACUUGGAUAACGUGAGCGACAAUUCUGGUUUCCACAUUCGCCACUCCAGAUCUGACCCUUUACUUCUGUCUGAAUCAAAAUGUGCUCUCUGCGAAUAUAGCGACAUCUACAACGUGAGUUUUCAAAAAACAGUAUUAUUGCCAGAAUGGAACCAGCAAGUAGGAAUCUGUGACCCAAACCACUAUCACAGUGUGGAAGAUCAAUUAAAAUUCCAGUCUCACCACGAUAACAACAUGUUAACACUAGAAAGCUUGCGCAAUCACUACAGCUCUUGUUUCUCAUGCGGGGUUAGUUGGACGGACAACCACGUUUCCCUGGACUGUUUGGAAUGUGGUGGGUACGCUCUGCAACGGCCCUGUCCCAAAUGUGAAGGAGAAUGUAAGAGCAUUUGGAGCAGAGACAUGGCAGCUUCUCACGAGAGUAAACACGCCAAGUGGGAAGGCCAGUGUCAUAGCUCUGAUAAGUCACAGAGUGAUAACUGUGAGUUCUUUCCAAAAGCUUUAGGGAAUCUAAAAAAAAAAUUAUGACAAGUUGUAAUUAGUCCAGAAGAAACAACAAAUUUAUAAUUUUGAUAGUUGUAAAUAAAAAGCUUGUAACGAUGCAAGUAUGUGUGUAUGCUGCACAGCAUGUUAGUAUUUUAAAUGUUUGUUUGAUAUUUUCACGUUAACAAAGGAAGAAUUAUUACUGUUAGUGUUGGAUUAAUCUUCGUUAUUGAAGAGUGUCAAACUGUUAUUAAAACUCGAAAGUAGUUGUGUUUUGAUCUUGUUGUGUUCUGCAAUAUUUACCCUUGUGUUACUGAUAGUGAAGGUUAUUAGGCCUGUGGAAAAGCCGGUAAGGCUCAAAAAGGCGUCUGAGCUGAAGAGAAGAAAAAGAGGAAGAAGAAGAUGGAGAGCUAUACUAUAUACGUCUAAAAGGUUGUUUAUAGUUAUUCAUAGAAACUUACGUGAUAAAUAAAUUAAAACCGAUUAUUUGUCAACGCUUUUACAGUAAAAAGUAUAGUAAAUAUAGUCAUUAGGAUGACCAAGACAAUUACUAUUAAUUACCUUCUACGGCUACAGUCAAAUACCUUUAUUUCAUAUGAUCAACACUGAAGUAUACUUGAUUGUUUUAUCUACUUAAACCCAAAGUGAUUGAUGAAUAUACGUAGCUGGAGACAAAUCACUUAGUACUGUUGUCUUGUCUGAGCGUAACCAGUGACAGGCAGGCAGGACUAUUUAUUUGGCUAUACCCAAAUUAUACUUAGGUAUUAUCUGGCAUCAGUUAAUCCCAUUCAUGUUUGUUUGUUUAUUCUUUGGUCGAAUUAAAAUUCAUUUGAUGUAAUUAUUUAACUGCGGUCAAAAUUAGAUUACACAAACAAAACACUCGUAGGAUUAUAUUAGUAUAAACAAGUUCAUUGAUUGUAUUAUUUAGCACUUGCAAGUGUUAUUAUGUUACAAAGUACUGACUUAUUAGUUAUAUUAAAAAUCACUAAUGAAGAAUUGUAUUAUUUUUUUAUUAUACCUGUAAGUUAAACUUCUGAAAUUAUUUCCUGUGAGUUUAUUGGAAUAUAUUUUUUCCAAAAAUCUCUAGAUUCCCAAUACCAGUUGAAUAUUUUAAAAAUAAAUAAAACAUAAUAAAUGGAUUAUAUUUAAGACAGAACAAUUUACUGACAAUAUUUUAGUGUUUUAAAGUAUUUAAACAUGUUCGUGGUGCAGCUAGUGCUUCUAAAAUAUGUUUGAAACAUACUCUUUGAAUAACACAUUUAUCCUAUACUGUAUGCGUGUUUUCACCUUGCAUUUACAAGAGUGGAGCAGAUGAUGUAAAGGUUAAUUCUGGCAGCCAAAAUAUACAUGACCAUACGUUAUUAAUGACCUGUAAAUAUUUUGGUAGUUUCUAUCAAUUUUGAACAAAGAUUGUAAAAGUUCUAAAUCUUUUAUAAAUGCCACCAUAUUCUUUUUAUGGUUCAAUAAUAUCUUCCUGCCAAAGCUAGUCCAAAAUAGCUAGAGCUUUCAAUAAGAAAGUGUUAACAAUAUUAUAAAGUAACAUGCUUUACAAAUUGGACUUAGAAGUAGUAAUAUGGAUAACAAAGAUAACUGUCAUUUUGUUGUUAGUUCAAUAACUUGAUCAGUCUACCUCUCAUGUAGUCACUUAGCAUCUGUUGAAAAACUUGAAAUGAUCAUAUAUAUAUAUAUAUUACUAACAGUUUUGAAACAUUGACAAAUAAGGCAUACGCCUAACUUUUUUAAAUGAUAAACGUCUGCUUAUGAAGUCCUUGUUUAAUAUCAAGUGAAGUUUCAAGUAUAUAGGAUUUUUCUAUGUUUUUAAAAAUGAGCAAUAAUUCUAACUACCAGAUCAUUUAUUAGAUUUUUCAUUUUUAUUAUUAAUAAAAUUCAUAUUUCCAGCUCCAACCUCCUUUAGUAAGUGAACUUAAAAGCACUUAUUCUAGGAUGAUUUCUUCAAUAAGUAUUGUUAGUUUUGCUGUUGCUUUCAUCGAAAUAACUAUUACACAAAAAUAUGUUAUAUAUGACAAAAAAAAGGUUUUAAUUUAAGAAACCGCGGAUUUCAUCUAAUAGUUAAUAAAUGCAUUCAAAUAUACCUAAUCCAAACAAAAAAUGUCCCAAUGUAAAUGAUAUUUUUAAGAUUGAAGUUUUAAAAAUAUAUGUCGCUCUUGCUUUUAACUGUUUCAGCACCCUGGCAUACAUCAUCACACUAAGCACCAUCAUCCAAAUGUGACUAAACUGAAAUUAGUCAUAAGAUAAAAUGUUUAGUAAAUAAUUAUUAACCAUUACAUUUGAAUAAUACAGUGUACAUCACAAGAGAUAUUGACAAAAAUAUUCACAUAAAUUAUACAGCUGUAAGUAAUUAUCAAAUAAUUAUAAACACAUUUGUUAAGAAAGAAAUAACUUUGUUGCCUAAUAUAAUAAAUAUGACACUAUUUUCAUAGGUAUUUGCUUGUUAGCCUUUUGGUGCAUUAUUAUUACUAUAAAUAUGUUUUACAAAACAUAUGUCAAUGAAUUGACCAUGAUGUUGUAAAGCUUGUAUAAUUGUGAUAUUCUUUUGUUUCUUAUUUGCAUGUUUUUUAUUCCUGGUUGCACAUUCAGCCAGUUCUUACUAAAUUUGUUUCAAUACAUCCAUUAUUGUUUUAACCAGAAAAUAAUAAAAGGGAAGUAACUAUGAGUGUGCUGUAAUACAGCUUUUUGACUUUGUUUUUCAAAAACAGAUUAAAACUGUGAAAACACUGCCUUACCUGUUUUCUAAGCCUAUUUUCACAUUAUUGACG